AUGUCUCGAUCAGUAAAAUCUUGUUGUAUCAAAGGAUGCACAGAAAAAUCUCGUCGUAAGUGGCAAGUUGAUACACCAGUAAAAUUUCAUUGUUUUCCCUCGAGUAAAUGUGGUGCCUCAUGGAAGGAGGAUAAACGUAUAAAAUGGAUAAAUGCUGUAAAAAAUUAUGUUAAAAAUCCGAAACAGUGGGAGCCAAAUCAACAUACACGAAUCUGUAGUGCACAUUUUAUAAAUAAUAGUAAAUCAGACAACGCAUAUCACCCAUCUUAUGUUCCUUCGAUUUUUCCUGGAAAAGAAAAUAAAAAAAAUUCCAUUCAACGUCUGCAACGAUUUGAACGGUCAAGAGCACGUCAAUUAAAUAAUAUCAACAGUAGUGAAAAUAGCAGUAAUUCUAUCAAAGGUAAAAAUAUUGAUAAUUCAAGUGACAUUGAAAUGGAGCAAGACGCCGGAGAAAUGAUAGCAGAAGCUCAGGACGGCUGUCGUAGAGACAUGAAUGUUUCUCCGCCAGCCUAUCGAAGUAUUACUUGUCAAACUGAGGAAUUAAUUCCUGGCAUUUCAAGUGAUAGUUGUACUAAUUUUUUUUGUAAUAUGAAUAAUCAUGGUGGUAUUAAUACUGCAGCAGUCCAAGUCAAUAUAUCUGUAAAAAAAACUGUUGAUAAAAUGUGUGAAGCUUCGAUGCCUUGCGAUCCAAUCAAUUUCGAGUCUGUACAAUCUCACUGCAAAGGAUUCCAUGGAUUUUCAUCUAUUACAAGUAAUGAAACUAUGGGUAGCUUAACAGGUCUUUUGAAUAAACUCCCAGAAAGUAAACGUUCUGACAUAGACAAAAAAACAAAAUUAUUAAUUACAUUAAUGAAGCUAAAAAUCGUCUUAUUUAAUAUUCAUCGGACUACUGUUAAUAAAAUAUUCAUAAAAAAUUUGCAACAGUUAAAUAUUUUAUUGAAAAAUUUUAUAUUCCGGCCAUCUAAAGCCGCUGUUCAAGCAACUUUACCAGAAUCAUUUAAGUUACAUUAUCCAGACACACGUGAAGUUGAUGAGACUUACAAUAUUGCUUCAGUGAGAAUACACAUUGAACGAGUGAAUCAAAGAAUAAAAGACUUUAAUAUUCUGUCCAAAGUACCAGUGUCACUUUUGCCUCAUGUUGAUGAAAUUGUUUUUGUCAUUUGUGCUAUCAUAAAUAUUCAAAAGCCCCUGUUUAAACAAGAGAAAUCAGCGACAGAAUGA